UCUCCUGGUACCUCGCGGAAACCCCUGGGAACCCCCUGAAACUCCCCUGUGACUUCCAUUUGCUCAUUCUUAUAAACACCCUUUAGCCGCCGUUGCAAUAGUUACCGUCAUUAUUAAAUAUUCUUAUGCACAAUAUUGGUUCUGAGUAGCUUUCCCUUAAUUUAUGCAGGUCAUAAAAAAAGGUGCAUAAAAAUAACAUGCAUAAAUUGAGGUUUUAGUGUAUUUACAUUCUCAUAUGCAAAGUAUAGUUUGUUAAAAUGUUUCGCUAUAUGAGAUGUAAAAGAGCGAAAUAUUGAAAUCUCAUUUUUAACGCCGCCGCCGCCGACGACCAAAAAUGAUGUUUUAACCGCGGCGCACAUCUCUGCCGAAGCACCAAAGCAAGCAUCACAGCGGUGCCAGACAUCAAGAAACAAGUAGUUAAUUGAAUGAGAUUUGGUCACUACAAAUACGAUGUUUUUUCAAUCAGAAUAUGGUCGUUUCUUGGUUUAACAUCUUGGUAAUCGAACUUCUACGCAAAUCGAUCAAUAAUUUCAUUUUCCAACCCCCUUUCCUUCAAAAUAUUUGGUUUGGUUUUCAUCUAAACAUGCUGCUACCGCUCAAGCUUUACGAACAAUCAUCCAGUUCGGCAGCACUGAUUUGCCAAUCAGCUGUGAUUGUAUGCGAGUGCAAAACGUGGGGAGCGAGCAUAGACGAUUCGUCGCGCCGCACAUUGUUGUGACUUCUCCUUUGCGAGAGAGAAAAACAAUCACAAUGAAACUGUCACCUGCUAGGGAAAGGAAGUGCGUUAGUGGGUGAGUGCAGAAUGCUCUACGAUGAGAAAAUGUGAGAGUGGUUGUGGAUUUGCUGUAAAUACUGUUGAGAUGAAAAAGGGGCCACCCGGUGGACCGCGAUGAGAUGAAAAUUUUACGGUGUGCUGAAGAUAGGUGCGAGUGGCUCGCGAUUUGUGAUCACAAUUAAAUCAAAUAUUGAAGAUAAAUCCCACUCUAGUGCAUCGUAGGAUCAACAGUGGAAGUGAGCACGUGUGUUAAAGGUUUGUAUCAUUAAGUUUGAAGCGUAUACAUGGCGCUGUGAGUGAUUUUUCAUGUUGCACAUCCUUAAUGAGACUAAGAUAGGCACAAAUACCCUACAUAGGUUGACCACCAACCACUUUAUUGUCUCAUCAUCAAUAUUCCGUCAUAUCGCUGCCAACUGAACAUGGGGUCAGUUAUCAUCCAGUCCGUCUUCCAGUCUGUCUUGCCACCUCCGCAUCCAACAAUCACAUCACUCGGUUCGCGGCCGUUCAAGUAUCGGGCCUCGAACAUCACCGAACAUGGUGACUCGGUCAGCUGGUAGCAUCAGUUAUCUUCCAGUCCUGCCACCCUUGCAUCCAACAACCGCAACACUCGAUUCGCGGCCGUUCAAGUUUCGAACAUCACCGAUUCCUGCGAUUUUCCGUACCUGGUGACUCGGUCAGCUAGUAGCGUCAGUUAUCUUCCAGGUAACAUGAUUAGUAUACGUCUGGCCGAAGCCAGUGAUGCUGCCCUCGUUCAAGUCCGUCGACAAUUACAGCCCUGCCACCUUUGCAUCCAACAACCGCAACACACGACUCGCGGCCGUUCAAGUUUCGGGCCUCGAACAUCACCGAUCAGCGAUUCCUGCGAUUUCCCGUACCUGGUGACUCGGUCAGCUAGUUGCGUCAGUUAUCUUCCAGGUAACAUGAUUAGUAUACGUCUGGCCGAAGCCAGUGAUACUGCCCUCGUUCAAGUCCGUCGAAAAUUACAGCCCUGCCACCCCUGCAUCCAACAACCGCAACACUCGAUUCGCGGCCGUUCAAGUUUUGAACAUCACCGAUUCCUGCGAUUUACCGUGCCUGGUGACUCGGUCAGCUAGUAGCGUCAGUUAUCUUCCAGGUAACAUGAUUAGUAUACGUCUGGCCGAAGCCAGUGAUACUGCCCUCGUUCAAGUCCGUCGACAAUUACAGCCCUGCCACCUUUGCAUCCAACAACCGCAACACACGACUCGCGGCCGUUCAAGAUUCGGGCCUCGAACAUCACCGAUCAGCGAUUCCUGCGACUUCCCGUACCUGGUGACUCGGUCAGCUAGUAGCCUCAGUUAUCUUCCAGUCCGUCGAAAAUUACAGCCCUGCCACCUUUGCAUCCAACAACCGCAACACACGACUCGCGGCCGUUCAAGUUUCGGGCCUCGAACAUCACCGAUCAGCGAUUCCUGCGAUUUCCCGUACCUGGUGACUCGGUCAGCUAGUUGCGUCAGUUAUCUUCCAGGUAACAUGAUUAGUAUACGUCUGGCCGAAGCCAGUGAUACUGCCCUCGUUCAAGUCCGUCGACAAUUACAGCCCUGCCACCUUUGCAUCCAACAACCGCAACACACGACUCGCGGCCGUUCAAGAUUCGGCCCUCGAACAUCACCGAUCAGCGAUUCCUGCGACUUCCCGUACCUGGUGACUCGGUCAGCUAGUAGCCUCAGUUAUCUUCCAGUCCGUCGAAAAUUACAGCCCUGCCACCUUUGCAUCCAACAAUCGCAACACACGACUCGCGGCCGUUCAAGUUUCGGGCCUCGAACAUCACCGAUCAGCGUUUCCUGCGACUUCCCGUACCUGGUGACUCGGUCAGCUAGUAGCGUCAGUUAUCUUCCAGGUAACAUGAUUAGUAUACGUCUGACCGAAGCCAGUGAUACUGCCCUCGUUCAAGUCCGUCGAAAAUUACAGCCCUGCCACCUUUGCAUCCAACAACCGCAACACACGAGUCGCGGCCGUUCAAGUUUCGGGCCUCGAACAUCACCGAUCAGCGAUUCCUGCGACUUCCCGUACCUGGUGACUCGGUCAGCUAGUAGCCUCAGUUAUCUUCCAGGUAACAUGAUUAGUAUACGUCUGGCCGAAGCCAGUGAUACUGCCCUCGUUCAAGUCCGUCGACAAUUACAGUCCUGCCACCCCUGCAUCCAACAACCGCAACACUCGAUUCGCGGCCGUUCAAGUUUUGAACAUCACCGAUUCCUGCGAUUUCCCGUACCUGGUGACUCGGUCAGCUGGUAGCAUCAGUUAUCUUCCAGGUAACAUGAUUAGUAUAUGUCUGGCCGAAGCCAGUGAUACUGCGCCCGUUUAAGUUCGUUUACAAUUACAGCCCUCCCACCUUCUGUCUACACCAACCCCAUCAUUCAAAUGUUUCGAGGUCCUGGAUAACGAGCGCGAUAAAUCCGUGCUACCAAAUCAGCUAACAUCAACAGCAUUCCGUCACAUUGUUACCAGUUGUUACUGAGGCUUUAUUGGAACUGAUGUCCUGGUCUGCGUCUGGUCAACGUUUCUACGACAAUUUCAUUGUGACUGCGCCGUGGCUUCCUGUAUACAAAGUUUUUCCGAUGUAAUGCUAAGCUGCCGCUAUUGAUCUAGGAAUGCUUACUAACCAAAUCCAUGAUGAAUUAAAGCGAUUAUUGUACGUGAUAUACUAAUAUUAGCCAAUAAGUUGUAAAUUUUCUGUUAAUUAAUUUAAUUACACUUCCUUUAAAGAGAAUAACUUCUCACUGGAAGUGUAAAUACUUUGUACUUUUUUGAAAUAUAUGAAAAGAAGAGUA